CCCUAAACCCCAUAGGAAACAACUCUUUCAUUUCACCCAACAACCGAUACCCAGACGAAAAAAAAAAAGAGCUAUCUAGUUUUUCAUUGUUCUCACUUUAACCACAAAUCUCUGAAGAUCUUUUCACUGAAGUCCCUUACUCUGAUAAAGUCAUCAUGUGUGGAGGUGCGAUUAUCUCCGAUUUCAUUCCCCCGACGCGGACGCGACGCCUGACGGCUGAUUACUUGUGGCCUGAUCUGAAAAAUUCCGGGUCCAAAAAGAGGUCGGGUAAAAGGUACUCGAAGCCGGUGAUCGAUUUGGAUGAUGACUUCGAGGCUGACUUUCAGGAGUUUAAGGAUGAGGAAACCGAUGUCGAUGACUUCGAUGAUGUUGAUGAUGUUUUGGCUGACGUUAAGCCCUUUGCUUUCUCUGCUACAAAGAAACUAGCUUCUGCUGCCUCUCGUGUUAUUGAAGGUUCGAACUUUGUAAAAUCUGCGGAAUUCAGUGGUCAAGCUGAGAAAUCUGCAAAAAGAAAGAGGAAGAACCAGUACCGUGGAAUUCGACAGCGUCCAUGGGGUAAAUGGGCUGCUGAGAUCCGAGACCCAAGGAAAGGGGUUAGGGUCUGGCUAGGAACUUUCAAUACUGCUGAAGAAGCUGCGAGAGCUUAUGAUGCUGAGGCCCGAAGAAUUCGCGGUAAGAAAGCAAAGGUGAACUUCCCUGAUGAGGCUGCGCGUACUUCUCCAAAGCGUGCAGUUAAGGCAAAUUCUCAGAAAUCACUUUCCAGGUCAAAUUUGAGCCCUGUUCAGCCAAAUCUCAACCAGAAUUUCAAUUACUUGAGCAAACCAGAGCAGGACUACUUUGAUACCAUGGGUUUUGUCGAAGAGAAGCCAUCAAUGGAUCAGUUUGCAUAUGUGGACCCUCUUCCUGUGUCUGAAGAUGUUGGAUUGAAACCCUUCGCUCAAUCUGACAAUGCCCCCUUGUAUUUUAAUUCAGACCAGGGAAGUAACUCCUUUGAUUGCUCUGACUUUGGCUGGGGGGAACAGGGUGCCAAGACUCCUGAAAUAUCAUCUAUUCUUGAAGCUUCUAUAGAGAGUGAUGAGUUUGUGGAGGAUGCAAACCCUAAGAAGAAGCUGAAACCAAGUUCUGACAAUGUUACGCCUACUGAAGACAAUUCUGCAAAAAGUUUGUCUGAUGAGCUAUUGGCUUUGGACAAUCAGAUGAAGUACUUUCAAAUGCCAUUUAUUGAGGGGAACUGGGAUGCCUCAAUUGACGCCUUCCUCAAUGGAGAUGCGACACAGGAUGGUGGAAACCCAAUGGAUCUUUGGAGCUUUGAUGACUUCCCUUCCAUGGCUGAGGGUGUUUUCUGAGCAAACUUCCGCUACUUACUAGUUUUUGUAAAUAAGGCAACAUGAAUUGGUCAAUCUGUUGUGAAGUUGGAGUAAAACAGCUAUACAUGCUUAUGCCUUGUCCGAAUGUUUACAGAGGCUUUUAGUAUGUUCCCUUUUGUCUAUUAGACAUUGAACUGCAGUGUUUAAAUUUGAGUAACUGUAUCUGUGAUCAUGUGUGAUUUGUGAUGAAAUACUGAAAGCAGAUGAAUGUUUAACCA